GGGAACAGUGGACCAUGGAGCUGUAUUUCGGUGAAUAUCAACAUGUGCAGCAGGAAUACGGCGUCCAUCUGAGACUCGCAAGUGAGGAAACCAAAAAAUCAAGGAAUUCUCAGCACUCUAAGGCAGGCUCCUAUGGUGUCAGUAUUCGGGUACAGGGAAUUGAUGGCCACCCCUACAUAGUCCUGAAUAACACAGAGCGGUGUCUGGCAGGCACAUCUUCUGAAAACGGGCCGUCAUUUCCAUCUCCAAUGAUAAAUAACCUGCCUCUGCAUUCCAGCAAUGGGUCUGUGCUUGAGGAGAACAGUGCAGAAGAACUGCAGCUCCCAGAAAACCCAUAUGCCCAACCCAGCCCAAUAAGAAACCCCAAACAACCCUCUCUCUUUGAGGGCAAGAAUGGAGUUCUGGAACGUAAAGAGGGACCAAUGAAGCCAUCCCACAUGCUGAACUUCCAGAGACACCCAGAGCUUUUGCAGCCCUACGACCCUGAAAAGAAUGAGUUGAACUUACAAAAUCACCAACCUUCCGAGAGUAAUUGGCUAAAAACCUCAACAGAAGAAGGUACCAACAAUAAGAAGGCUUGGACUUGCUUUCCCAAACCUAGUAGUCCCCAGCCUACCAGCCCUCCUUUGGAAGACCUGGCCAAGUCCAACGUGACGGCCAUUCGUUUAUGCAGCUCUGUGGUCAUAGAUGACCCCAAGAAGCAGACCUCCGUGUGUGUGAAUGUUCAGAGCUGCACCAAGGAGGGGCUGGUCUCAGAGGAGGCCCUUUCCCCUAGCGGGAGGCCCCCAACCGCCCACAGCCCACACACCCACCCCGAACCCAAGAAAACCAGGCCGGACGUGCUUCCCUUCCGGCGACAGGAUUCGGCGGGACCGGUCCUGGAUGGAGCUCGGUCUCGGAGGUCCUCCUCGUCGUCCACGACUCCCACAUCGGCCAACUCUUUGUACAGAUUUUUACUUGACGAUCAAGAAUGUGCCAUUCAUGCAGACAAUGUGAAUCGUCAUGAAAAUAGAAGGUAUAUCCCCUUCUUGCCGGGAACGGGGCGGGAUAUCGAUACGGGAUCAAUUCCUGGUGUGGAUCAGUUAAUUGAAAAAUUUGACCAAAAACCUGGGCUGCAGAGAAGAGGAAGGUCUGGGAAGCGAAACAGAAUCAAUCCAGAGGACAGGAAGAGGUCCAGAAGUGUGGACAGUGCCUUUCCCUUUGGUCUGCAGGGGAACUCGGAGUACCUAACCGAAUUUAGCAGGAACUUGGGCAAGUCCAGCGAGCAUCUCCUCCGGCCGUCACAGGUCUGCCCGCAGAGGCCGCCGGCUCCCGAGCACCGCGGGAAACAGGGCGCGGGCCGCGCCUUCGCCAGGCUGCAGGGAGCCCACCCCCGGCCUCCGCCGCAGAACAAAGAUGGGCGAGUUCCAGAAAACAAAGGUGGCCAGGAAAGGUCAACCGUGAGCGCAUCCUCCCUCCCGGCACAGAAUAAAAAGGAGGAGGAAAUUAAAACAACCACUGCUACGCUGAUGUUGCAGAGUCGGGCGCCAGCAACGUCGCCUGACUCGGGUGCCAAGAAGAUUUCUGUGAAGACAUUUACUUCCACUUCAAAUACUCAGGCCACUCCAGAUCUGUUAAAAGGCCAGCAAGAGCUCACUCAACAAACCAAUGAGGAGACGGCCAAGCAGAUACUUUACAAUUACCUCAAAGAAGGAAGCACCGAUAAUGAUGACGCUACUAAAAGGAAAGUCAACCUGGUCUUUGAGAAAAUCCAGACUUUAAAGUCUCGAGCAGCAGGGAGCACGCCAGGAAAUAAUCAAGCUUCUAAUUCUUCAUCUGAAGUCAAAGAUCUAUUGGAACAGAAAAAUAAGUUGACCACAGAAGUGGCUGAACUUCAGAGACAGCUUCAACUAGAAGUCAAGAAUCAACAGAACAUCAAAGAAGAGAGAGAGAGAAUGAAAGCAAACUUAGAAGAGCUCCAGAGCCAGCGUGACACUAAAGUGGAAGAGAACUCCGUGCUGCAGCAGCGCCUGGAAGAAAGUGAAGGGGAGCUCCGGAAAAACCUGGAGGAGCUGUUCCAGGUGAAGAUGGAGCGGGAACAGCACCAGACUGAGAUCAGGGAUCUCCAGGACCAGCUCUCAGAAAUGCAUGAUGAAUUGGACAGUGCUAAACGAUCUGAGGACAGGGAGAAGGGAGUUCUGAUUGAGGAACUCUUAGAGGCAAAACGAGAUCUUCAAGAUCUGCUCAUUGCCAAAGAGGAGCAGGAAGACCUCUUGAGAAAGAGGGAGCGUGAACUCACUGCCCUGAAGGGAGCCCUGAAAGAAGAGGUUUCCAGCCACGACCAGGAGAUGGACAAACUGAAGGAGCAGUAUGACGCCGAGCUGCAGGCCCUGAGGGAGAGUGUGGAAGAAGCAACCAAGAAUGUCGAGGUCCUGGCCAGUCGGAGCAGCACUUCAGAGCAAACCCAGCUGGAGGCUGAAACGCGCAUGAAGGCUCUGCAGGAGGAGAACGAGAAGCUGCGGAGGAGCAUCGGCGAGCUGGAGUGCGGCGUUGCUCUGCUCCAGAGGCAGAUUACUGACGUGAGAGGCGACGAAGCCAAAGCAAAGGAAACGCUCAAGAAGUGCGAGGUGGAACUGCGGCAAUUAGAGGAAGCCCUUGUGCAUGCAAGAAAGGAAGAAAAAGAAGCCAUGUCAGCCAGAAGGACCCUGGAAAGUGAGCUAGAAGACGCUCAGAGAAAUCUGAGUCGGGCCACCCAGGAGCAGAAGCAGUUGUCUGAGAAGCUAAAAGAUGAGACUGAGCAGAAGGAACAGUUAAGGAGACUGAAGAAUGAAAUGGAGAAUGAGCGAUGGCACCUUGACAAGACCAUUGAGAAACUCCAGAAGGAGAUGGCUGACAUUGUCGAGGUGUCCCGCACGUCAACACUGGAGCUCCAGAACCAGCUGGAUGAGUACAAGGAGAAAAAUCGCAGGGAGCUUGCAGAAAUGCAAAGGCAGUUGAAGGAGAAAACUCUAGAGGCAGAAAAGUCACGUCUGACUGCCAUGAAAAUGCAGGAUGAGAUGCGCCUGAUGGAGGAGGAGUUAAAGGACUACCAGAGGGCUCAGGAUGAAGCGCUCACGAAAAGGCAGCUUCUGGAGCAGACGCUGAAGGACCUGGAGUACGAGCUGGAGGCCAAGAGUCACCUCAAAGAUGACCGAAGCCGGCUCCUCAAGCAGAUGGAGGACAAGGUGUCUCAACUGGAGAUGGAACUGGAAGAAGAAAGAAACAACUCGGAUUUGCUGUCGGAGAGGAUCACUCGGAGCAGGGAACAGAUGGAACAGAUGAGGAACGAGCUGCUUCAGGAGAGAGCCGUGAGGCAAGACUUGGAGUGUGACAAGAUUUCCCUGGAGAGACAGAACAAGGACUUAAAGAGCCGGAUUAUCCACCUGGAAGGGUCCUACAGGUCCAGCAAAGAGGGGCUGGUGGUGCAGAUGGAGGCCAGGAUCGCGGAGCUGGAGGACCGUCUGGAGGGCGAGGAGAGAGACCGGGCCAGCCUCCAGCUCAGCAACCGCAGGCUGGAGCGGAAGGUGAAGGAGCUGGUGAUGCAGGUGGACGAUGAGCACCUGUCGCUGACCGAUCAGAAGGACCAGCUGAGCUUGCGCUUGAAGGCAAUGAAGCGACAGGUGGAGGAAGCCGAGGAGGAAAUCGACAGACUAGAAAGUUCUAAAAAGAAGCUGCAGAGGGAGCUGGAGGAGCAGAUGGACGUGAACGAGCAGCUGCAGGGACAGCUCAACUCCAUGAAGAAGAAUUUAAGCAGACUUAAGAAGCUGCCAAGUAAAGUGCUGGAUGACGUGGAUGACGACGACGACCUCAGCACCGAUGGGGGAAGCCUGUAUGAGGCGCCGCUGAGCUACAGCUUCCCCAAGGACAGCGCCACCACCGGCCAGAUCUGAGUGCGCUUCCAGGGCUGUGGAGGUGGCCCGUCAUUCCCGCAGCCGCCAGCAGCAGGGGGCAGGAAAGGGAGCACCUACCUGGAGCAGAGACCAUCGCCUCCUCUUCACAUCACAGGCCGAUUCCUCCCCAUCACUGUCCUCCUAGGAUCCCUCAGUGGUAGCGCGGCUUUCAUAGCUUAGCCAGGUAGCUACUGCAGUUUAAAUGACCACCACCCAUUGAGGUGUUUUAGAAAAUAUAAUUUGGCAGGAUGAAGCCCCUGUUCUGCACAGCUGUCUGCCAGCACCAUUUGCCUUGCUGCCCUUGCCCCCCUGCCCCUGCCAAGAAAAAGCGUCCAAAAUGCUAGUUAUUACUUAAUAGCCAGUGUGCAGGGGAGGAAAUGAUAUAUGGCUGUACAUAUUUUAAACCAGACUUUCUCACGGACUGCUGCUGUUCCAUUUUGGAAUGUUACAGAGGCUUUGUAGGGUGGCUUGUUUGUAAACUUCACACAUCUAUAUUGAGUAUUAUUUUUUAAAAUAUGAAGCUACUAGAUUUUAAGUAUUAAGGAGCAGAGGCGAGAGAGAAGAUAGAAUAAAGACCACUUUGGACAUCAGAGUUGGAAAAAAGAAAUUGUUGUGAUGAUAAGGGACAAUUAAUCCCGAGAAUGGAAAGUCAAGUGGUAAACAACCUGCUGACGAGGGAGAGAAAGUCAGGUCAUUUGUAUCUGUGGCCUUGGUUGCUUAUUUUAUCUAGAAUUUUGUUAUAAUUUCUGAACCAGGCUGAGACCAAUUCCCAGUCACCAGUUGCAAUUUCUUUUACACAGGUGGGUAGGGAGACUUGUAAGUAAGGUUUUGACAAAUGAUGUGGUUUCUGGAAGGACGGGGCCUCACUGUCAUGUCUUGUUGGUCCUUUCCUCCCUCCUUCCACAGCAGGCCUCCAAACUAUGCUCUCUCUGUCCCUGGAUGGGGUGGUUGCUGGGUGGGGAAUAGGAGGAUGUGGGGUUCAUGGACUCAGGUGUGAGGAAGAGGGGGUAGGUGUCCAGUAAGGUCGUGGGGAAAAGGAGAGGGGAGAGGAGAUAAGCAGGUGUGUGGGUGGGGGUAGGAAGGAAGAGAAGGAAGAGAAAGAAGUUCUUGAAAGCUGGGGGAUGUGUAGACAAGAGGCAAAU